AUGGCCGACGAAAAGAAACAGAACCCCUUUGAGGCCUUGGGGUCCUCUGAGGCAGAGGUAGAGCAUCCCCCAGCCUACGAAGCUGAGACUUCGACACGCUCAAUCGAGCCCUCAACACAAGCAGGCCCAUUCGGUCCGCCUCCAGAGCAAUUUGGUCCCUCUCCAGGGCAAUUCGGUUCCUCUUCAGGGCAAUUCAGUCCCCCUCCAGGGCAGUUCGGUCCCUCUCCAGGCCCAUUUGCUGCCCCUCUAGGAACUCCGCCAUCCAAAAGACCAAUCGCCAUCCCAGCCAUAGCCAGCCCAUCUGAUUCCCCCUUCAUCCGCGCCUAUCCUCCAAUUUUACAAUCGCACAACCUCCCCAAAGAAUCCUUCCUCAACUUCCUCGACCAAUUGAACAAAGACAUAGCCAGCAGCCCACCCCUCCAAGUCCUAGAUGCAACAGGUGGGAUCCUCAACUCCGUCCCAAUCUUGUUCCCACUCCACUGGAUUGGAAGCGCUGUCAGUGGGCUCGCCAAUCUAGGUAGCCAGGGCAUGUCCAAAAGCCGGACCGACUCGUCCCUCAAAACAGCUAAUAGGGACAUCUUUGGCCCGCGCGGAUUGAAAGUCGAGGUCGCCAAAUUGGAUGCCCUGGCUCAUCUGGCCAAUAUUCCUAUUCUGGAUUCUCAGGGAAAGAUCAGUAGACAGGCUCCUCUGUUCUUGCAGCUACAGGAUGAACCCGUUGAAGCUACCGAUGAGCGUCAUGAGCUGGAGCUGGAGCUCCAGCGUAAGAUCCGGACUCUGCAGCCUUGGAUUGCGGAUCUGGAGAUUGAGGUUGUGCCUUGGUCUUCGAAGUCUAAGUUGACGAGGUUCAAUGCUGCUUUGAAGAAGAGAAACGACCCAAAGGAGUAUGAGAGAAGGGGACGAAGGGAAAGGAGGGAACGAAGGGGGCGGGAUGGCUCUGAUAAUACUGAAGCUAGUCCUGAUGACCAGGAGUCUUUCCGCAAGGCUUUGUGGCUUGUUAUUCGAGAGAUUGGGCCUGAGGAAACACGCUGA